AUGAACAGAAAAAGGGGAACUGCCGAUAAACGUCGCCAAACGCUAACUGACGCGUGUGACGUGAACGUGAUUUGUGCAUUGUUAGAACACAGUAACACCCUGAAAUGUGUUAACCUGCGACAGAUACCAAAAUUUACCGGAAAUGAUCUUAAAGCUGGAACAUUGAAGUUGGGCAGGAAUUCAAUCACUUUGGUUCAAUCCAAUGCAUUUUUAGACUUCACCAUUCUCAGAUAUAUUUUCCCUCUCUCUCCGUCUAUUUAUCUUAAAAAUUCAUAUGUUCAUUGUUUUUACGAUUUCAGAAAUCUCUCCAGGAAUGCAAUCGACAGGGUCGAACCAAGAGCAUUCAGCCACAGAGAGUACGAAUGGAUUGAUUUGUCGUUUAACAAGCUCAGGACUCUAGGAAGAGAUGCUUUUCCAGACGAUGAGACGCUAAAGCGGAAAUCCUUGCAAAUAUACUUGCACGACAAUCCCUGGGACUGCACAUGCGCACUAAAGUGGUUGAUUGAUUUAAUGAAGGACACGUUGAUAAGACCUCUACUCAGGCAUCCCACAUGCGCUACUCCACAGAAACUCAAAGGUAUAAGACUCGUAGAAGUACAAGACCAGGACUAUUGUGUUAUCAAAGAAUGCUCGGAAUGUGAUGACGCAGCUGAUUGCGUAAUAUACAACAACAAGUACGCGUGCAUUUGUCGACCAAGUUAUGAUGGUAAUGGAAAGUAUUGUGCAGAUAAGGACGAAUGUGCCGUGAGUUCAACGAACAACUGUAAAGUAAACGAAUUGUGCGAGAACUUCGCCGGCGGAUAUCAAUGCGUUUGUUCUGGAGGAUUUCAAAAAGUAAACGGAGAGUGUGUAGAUAUAGAUGAAUGCGCGCCUCCUCCAGUUGGGUGUGGUCCAGGACAAGGUACAUGUAAGAACACUAUUGGCAGCUAUCAAUGUACCUGCAACCCUGGCCUCAAAUACUCUGAUCAAGGAUGUGUCGAUUUUGACGAGUGUAAAUCUAAGAGUGACCCAUGUAAGGAUAUAUCACACAGUACAUGUGUUAACAAGGCAAUCAUUGCUGUCGGAGACCAGGGUUAUUCUUGUCAGUGUAACGAAGGAUACAUCAAGUCAGGCGAUGCUUGCGUAUUCAAAGAUGACCCAAACAGGAAGUACAUCAUUAUUGGUGCUGGGUCUGGAGUGAUCGUUCUUGCUGUAAUUCUCAUUAUUAUCAUUUGUAUCCUUUGUAAGAGAAGAGGAAGCCGAAAAAAGGAAGAAAAAGAACCAGAGUUUGUGAUAGCGCCGGUCACCAUGACAACACCUAUAGAUUUCGCCUUUAUGGAUGUACCCCAAGGACAGGCCCAAGAUUUAGGAAACGAGGAAUGGAACGAAAUGGACUCCGACGACCUCUGAAGAAAAAUAGAUGGAAAAAACAGUGGACAAAUUUUGCCUCGAUUAAAAAUAA